UGUAUUUGCCGCCAAAUUCGUCUUUCGGGAGAGAGCGAUACAGUUCAAGAGCCACUACUGUGUUCUGGUAGCAUCAGUUACCAUGGUGAUGCAUGUGGAACUACAGGCUACGUGCAGCGCCCUUGGUUACCAAGAGGGGGACAAAUAUAUUAAGGAACCAGACUGUCUGGAAACCGUAAAGGAUCUGAUUCGCUUCCUGAAGCGUGAGGAUGAAACCUGUGACAUUCGCCGACAACUUGGACAUGCCCAGAUUCUGCAGACAGAUCUGAUUCCCAUCCUGAAGCAUUACAAGGAUGAAGCUACACUCUUUGAGACAGUGCUCAGGUUAACAGUGAACCUGACUCAGCCCACUGUCCUGUGUUUCGGGAACAAGCUGCCGACAGACAAGACCAUGAGGAACCAUGCCCUGGAGAUAGACACCCAUCUGCAGACCUACAAGGAGGCCUUCGUAGAUGAGGAACUGUUUGCUGUCUUGGCAGCUAAAGUUGGGGAUAUUUUAAAACUGGACUGGGAGUCGCGGCACGAAGAAGACAGGUUGCUGCUGGAGAGGCUGCUUAUCCUCAUCAGGAACAUCCUGCAUAUCCCCCCGAACCCGGAUCUAGAACAGAGAACUGAUGACGAUGCUAGCCUCCAUGACCAAGUUCUCUGGGUUAUCCAUGUCAGUGGUUUAGAAGACAUGAUCCUCUACAUCGCCAGCUCAGAGAAUGAGAGACAACUCUGUAUGCACUUGCUGGAGAUUGUCUCCCUUAUGUUCAGAGAACAGACCCCAGACACCCUGGCCUGUGCGGGGAUGCAGAGAUCAAUGAGUGAGAAGGAAAAGGACCAAAGGGAGCUGGAGCUGAUCAGGGAGAAAGAACAAGCACAAAAGAAAGCCCACAUGUUCAAGCACAGCUCCAGACACUCUCGGUUUGGAGGAACGUACGUUGUAGCCAACAUGAAGUCAAUCACUGACAGGGAACUCAUUUAUCACAAAGCACAGGCUGAUGUGAAAAACUUUUCCUUGGAUUCAAAUAAGCGUCCAAAGAAGAAACCCAAGAAUCGUCAGCCCAUCAAGGAUGUAGAAGUUAAACGAAGGUCCACCCUCAGCAUCCGCUUAAGCCUGAAGGAGUUCUGUAUUCAGUUCCUAGAGAACGCUUACAACCCUCUGAUGUACGCAGUGAAGGACAACUUGGUACGUGAGCGUACACAGGAGCACGAUGAGACCUACUACCUGUGGGCCAUGAGGUUCUUUAUGGAGUUCUGUCGCCAUCACAGCAAGAGGAUCGAGCUAGUCAGUGAGACGCUGUCAGUGCCAACAUUCCACUACAUCUACACCAACCUGAUCACCUAUUAUGAGAUGAUAAUGACUGAGAAGACGGAGGCUAUCACUUGGAGCAAAAGAGUCCACCUGGCUCUUAAAGCUUACCAAGAGUUGCUGCUGACAGUUGAUAUGAUGGAUCGAUCCAAGAACCCACAGCUCAUGGAGUCUGCUAAAGUUAUCAGAUCCAAUGUCUUCUACAUGAUGGAGUUUCGGGAUAUAUUCACAACUCUCCUGAAGAAGUUUGACCAGUCAAAACAGUCCAGGACAUACCUGCGUGACCUUGUGGAGACAAGUCACCUGUUUGUGAAGAUGCUGGAGUACCACUGCAAGAAGAAUGCCCACAUUGUUGUCCAGAAGAAGAUAACCAAGAAGAAGAAGCCCAAGGUCAAGGCCAAGGGUGCCCUUGAACCUUCCGAGCCGACACCCCAGGAGCUUGAGGACCUCUGGGACGAGAUCUCCGGUCAGCUGUCCUCCAUAUUCCAAGGUCGUGACGAGGUACCUAAUGUGGCUCCAUUCGAUGCUGCAUCUGAAGUAGAGGUUGAUCAGCAGAGGGUGGAUGCCAUGUGUCGCAUUCAGGACAGCAUGAGGAAUCGAUUGCCUGGUGAAGCUGUGGCCAUCUUCAGAGGUGCUCGGGAGGUGUGGCCGGAGCGUGAUGAGUUCGGGACACAGAACAUGUCCCCGGAAGACGAGUUCAUGGCAUUGCGGGAGAUCUUCAUGGCUCCAUUACCGAAGCCAGACCGCCCCGCCACCCAGCUGAUACCUGAAGAGUGGGAGGAACCACAACAGGAAGAGGAAGAAGUGGAGACAUCUACGUCGGAGCAGGAGUUUGACUUCACAGGGUUCAUUUUAACGUUCAGCAAGCCAGAGAUACUUAAGGCGUAUGGAAUCCUGCUGGCCGACUUUGAGAAGAACUCAGACCAUACCAACCACUGUAUCAUCAAGAUGCUCCACCGGGUCGCCUUUGACCUUGGCUACACGGCCAUGGUCUUCCAGGCAUCUGUAUUCCGCGUCUUCCAGAAAGUUCUCCUGGGCCCCUAUGCCAAACUUUCACGUUUCCGGGAGAUGGUCAAGUUUGCUACCCACAUUGUCCGACGGUUUGUUGAGACUGCAGAACAGAACAAGAAGGUGUUCAUGGAGAUGCUGUUCUGGAAGGGGAGCAAGGAAGCCAUGGAGAUUUGCCAGGGUUACGGCACUGUCAGCUCAUCGAAAGGCAAGGUGCACUGGUCGGAGGAGCUGGAACAGGAGCUGCUGAGACUCUACGAUGAAUUCCGUGAUGUGGAACACCCAGAAAAAGAUACAGUUGACCUCAUCAUGGAACGUCUCACUGACCCCAGCAAAACUCGAGGUCAGGUCAUCCGUGAACUGAAGAAACAGGGUUUGAUUGGCAGUGCCAAGGAGUUGAAGAAGAAACCUUCAGGUAUCAGUCGCAGCGACCCCUGGCGAGAAGAAGAGGAACUACAACUGACUGACCUCUACCAUCAGUUCAAGGACUCCAGUGAUCCUCUUGGAAACAUCUUGUCUAACCUGACCAACAAGAGGUCAAAGGCCAAGGUCAUUGAGAAGCUGAUAAAUCUGAGUUUGGUGAAUGAUCGUAAGGAGUUGUACAAGAAACGCAAGAAGCGCAAAUCUGACAAGGCAGGAUCAGACAGCGAGGAUGAUGUGAGGCGAGGAAUCGACAGUGAUGACGAGUUCAAUGAUGAAGGUUUGGAAGAAGGACAUGAGAGGUUCAAAUCGUCAGCUGGUGAGAGCUCCAGUGACGAGGAAACGGACCAAGGAAGCACAGCAGGUGGAGGGGAGGAGACUCAGUCAGUGGAACAGCGUCUGAAGUCGGUUGUGCAGAGUGGCUACAGAGAUCAGAUUGCCUGGAUACAGAGGGGGCUGAAGAGAACAGCCGAGGACAGGGAGAAGGAUGAGCAUAGAGUGGCAGUCCCGAUCGUGCCUCUGUCGGACGAUAAUGAGACAGCAAUGGACGACAAGAUGUUCCUCGACUUCCUCCAGCUUAUCGGUAUAUCUCCUCCAGCCAAUGAACAGGAGGCUUUCUGGCGUAUUCCUGCACAUCUGUCAGCAUCAGAUCUCAACAACAUCAUCGACGGUCUGGAGCUUGAUGAAAAUGGGGAGCCUUUGGCUGCAGAUAAAAUAAAACCAGUUCAGAAGGAGAAGGCGAAAAAACAGCGCAAGACAAAAUCUGUUUCGGCUUCACAAAAGAAGGACAUGGCAGAACAACAAAAGAAAGAGAAGAUGCAGAAAAAAAAGGAAGAAAAGAAGAAGGCUCGUGACAGGAUGCAAGCUCUGAAGGCUCUGGCCAAGCAGAGGAAGGAUGGCAGGAAGAGGAAGAGAAAAGAUACCAAUAACAGCUCAGAAUCUGAGGAAUCAGAGAAGGAAAAUAUUGGAGAGGACCAUGAUGAAGCUAACAUGCUCAGUGACAACAUUCAACAGACAUCUGGAGCAAGGGAGGCAACUCUAACAAAGAAGAAGCCACGGAUCAAGAAAGUGGUUCAGUCUGAUAGUGACAGUGACGACAACCGAUUGAUAAUUGCUGGCAGUGAAAACGACUUCUCUGAUGGUAAAAUGAAUCAAGCAGACCCUCUGCAAAACGUCCUAAAUUGUUUGACUCUGACAGUGAGGAUGACUCUCAACCAGUUUCACAGCAGUCCGAGACCAGGACUUCUCCAGAGAAGCAGAACAAACUCUUCAACUCGGACAGCAGUGAAGACGAAGGCAUGGACACUGUGGAACACUCUGAUGCUGUGCGAGGCGACCGAGUGCAGACAGAUGAAUCUGGUGAUGAUGUUCCUUCAGCCUCCAUUGCCAGCCAGAUAUUCACACCUGGCCAAUCAUUCAUUGAAUUCGUCUCGGGUCACUGUUGAUGACGAGGCGUCUGCUACCUCCUUGGCAGACGUGAAAGAAAAGCAGACGGUCAGGUCGGAUGACUCGGACAGUGAUGCUGCGUCUGUGGCUUCCUCGAUAGUGCCCUUGCAGACAGGCAAUAAGAUUCAGGCAAAUGGGUUUGAUGAUGACUCUGAGGCUUCUUCAAUAAUCAGCCAAAAGAAGGGGAGCAAACCGAGAACGAAGAAGAGCAGGAAAUUAAACUCAGUUGAUGACAAGUCUGGAGAUGACUCAGGAGCUUCUUCUGCAACCUCACAGAAAAAGGGGAGGAAACAGAUGAAGAAAAGUAAAAAAUUAAACUUAAAUGAUGAUAAUGAAAAGUCAGAUAGUGAAUCUGAAGCUUUGGUAACCUUACAAACAAAUACCAAAAAACAUGCCUCAAAGAAUCGCAAGAUUCUAUCAGAUGAUGAUGACAAUGAAUCCAUAGUCUCAUCAAUUAAGCCAGGAAGUGUCCAGAAAAAGUCUUCGAAACAGUCAGGAAGAAAAAAAAGAAAACCGACAACUGGUUUAGAUUCUGACAAUGAAGUUCUCUCAGCAGUAGAGAAGACUUCUGCUCAGAGGAAGCUAGUGGAUUCAGACGGUGUGUCAGACUUGUCAUCUUUGUCAAAAAGUGCAAAGAAAAAAUCUGCUAAGAAACCGGGGAAGAAGAAUGAAAGGGAUGAUUCCUCCAAGGAAUCUAGAAAGACGCCAAAGUCAGCUAAGGGCAAGAAGGGGAAGAGUACAAAAACUUUGUUGCCAGAAUCAGACCUGAAGAAGAAGACAACGAAAUCUAAGCAAAAGAAAGCUGUCAGUGACAGUGAAGAUGAACCCCUGGAGAAGUUCUCAACAUCCAGAACCACCAAGACUGAUAACUCCAGCUCUGAAGAUGAACCUGUGUUAGCGUUACUCAAAGCUAAACCAUCCCAAGUGAAGAGACAACACCCUGUUGACUCCAGCAGUGACGAAGAGGUGCUCGCUUCAGUGAAGAAUCCUGAGAAACGCCAGCGUGUGACAGACUCAGAUACGGAGAUGAUGUCGCCUCUCCAGCUGGCAGUGACCCCAACCCAGGAUUCAACACAGGAGGUCACGCAGAAGGUUACACAGGAUCCAAGGAAGCUGUUCGACUCGGAUGAUGACAGCAGUGAUGACGAACCUCUCAUCAACACAAAAAAAGACACAGACACGUUCCCGGCCACACUGUUGACUCAACCCGCUGGGGAGUCGGACUCCGAUGUAGAUGAUCAUGUUCCACUACGGAGAGUUCUCAAGAAGAAGCAGGUCAUCGACAGUGAUGAUGAUUGAUCCAGUGUACAGAAUUGUCUGAUGUGAUUGUGUCAGUGUACAGAAUUGUCUGAUGUGAUUGUGUCAUGUACAGAAUUGUCUGAUGUGAUUGUGUCAUGUACAGAAUUGUCUGAUGUGAUUGUGUCAUGUACAGUAUUGUCUGAUGUGAUUGUGUCAUGUACAGAAUUGUCUGAUGUGAUUGUGUCAUGUACAGAAUUGUCUGAUGUUAUUGUGUCAUGUACAGAAUUGUCUGAUGUGAUUGUGUCAUGUACAGAAUUGUCUGAUGUGAUUGUGUUGUGUACAGUAUUGUCUGAUGUGAUUGUGUCAUGUACAGAAUUGUCUGAUGUGAUUGUGUCGUGUACAGAAUUGUCUGAUGUGAUUGUGUUGUGUACAGAAUU